AUGAGCUCGACGGCCACUACAAUAGCAAUUCUUCCCAAUGAUACUGCCAAUUAUUCAAUUGUGGUUCCUAUUUCCGUUGGUUUCGCCAUUUUGGCUGUUAUAUGUAGUGCUCUCAUUUUGGUAACCAUAGUAUCCCAUCGACGCCGAAUGCAUACUGCUAAUCAUCUAUUAAUUGGAGAUAUUUGUGCUUGGUCGAUUUUUUGCUGUGCUGCUCAAUCAAAUCAUUUCAUUCUUAUCGGCAUUCAAUGGAUCCUCGCGAUUCUGGUGAGCUCACCGGCUAUUGUGACCACAGAUAUUUUCUUUCGUUAUCAUUCACACUGUUUGGUCACUGGAAUCUAUACCUAUUACACUUUCGUUGCCUACUAUUUUGUACCAACUCUGCUUUUUUUUGUCAUUUAUGCUUAUGUUUACUGUAGAGUACGACGCAGUUCUGCUCAAACUUCUGAAAGAACAGGUGGACGGCAGCAACAAAAUAGAGAUUUUAAAAUAUUCCGCAAUCUGAUGAUUUUAUUCAUAAUCUAUCUAUCAGGAGGAAUACCAACAACAAUCUUUAUUUUUACGUUUAUCGAUAUAUUCUAUUCGUUUGGUAUUAUCUUCGUCUCUUUUACAAUAUUUAUUGAAAAGUCAGCGACAUUUUUUCUUGAUCGAGAACUUUUCAAUGUAUUUAAAACACUUAUUCAUCGAAAAAGUACAAAUGUCUCACCAGCUACAACCUGA